AUGACCACAACGAAAUUGAAAGAAAAAGAAAAAGCGCGAGAAAGUGAGAGUUUUGAAGGAUUUGAAGGUAUUGAGGGUAUGGAAGGUAUCGAUGGUAUGGUGGAGAUUACGCGCGAGAGUUACGAAGAGUCUCCUAUCCAACCCAUUGUAGGUGAAGGUGUUGAAGCAGACGCAGAAGGGGAUAGGCAAACGCCACAGGCAGUCGCACAUCCGACCAAUACCAACGCUAGCAGCAUACUCUCAUCGACUACUCUACCAAAUAACAUCGGCGGUAUGUCGAGCUAUAUGGACUACAAAUCCAAUAAAGACGCUAAGAGGCUGCUACAUGUCAUUCUAAAUGACAUGGAUAAAAAAUGGGAUGCAAAAGCACUCAUGUUUAAGCAGGUCGCAAAGGCACAGCGGAGGCUGAGAAAGAAAUCAGAAGAGGAAUGUGCAGAUAUCAAGCACAAAUACCAAAACUUGAUAAGCGAGUAUGACACGCUACACAAGACAACAGAAGAGGAUUUGAACGCACUACGCAUCCAUCUCGAAGAAGCUGAGAACGCGCUGCACGAGUCGCACACAGCGCACGCGGAGACACUGAGCCACCUCAACGAGACACAUAGAGAGGAGCUCGAGCAGCUCGCACUAAACCACCAUACCCUGGACAAGGAGGUGUGUGAGUUGCGCGACAAACACAGCGAGUACCUCGACACCAUUUACCACCUCGACCAGUCGCGGAUUAAUGCGGAGACACGUGCGGAGGAGCUAGAAAGCGAGGUGGGAGUGGUGAAAGGCGAGUGUGACGAGACUAUACGAGAAUGUGAGCAGAUUCACAUGGCUCUCAGCACUGCCACACAGCAGCUGCGCGAGAAAGAUGAUACUAUUGCCUCGUUGAAGACAUCAGGCGACGUGCUCAAGUUGCUCGACAACUUCCACCCAAUCACCGCCCUUCUUUCACUCGCAGUGGUCUAUCUCGCGGCAUGCGUCAUCGGACUCGCGGCGGACCCGAUUAAAAUAGCUAAAAUAGGAAUGGGAUGGGAUUGA